AAUCACAGGGCCGAGCGUCUGGGGAGAAAUGACCGCGUGAGACAGUUGUCGGGGCAGGCACCGCGGACAGGAGACCGGAUGAACGUUACAGCACCAGCGGUGAUGCCCGCUGAAGGGACGCAGGGCGUCAGGAAGGACGACACCGAGAUUCCGUCAACUGAAGACUUGGAGCAGCAGGCGAGUCCGCUGUGGCGCGAUCUCGUCGCGAUCUGCCAGAGGGCGGUGGUGUGGCUCGUGUCGCUGGGCGUGGUGCCCCGACACGUGUGCCUGGUGCCGGACGGUCACCGGCGCUUCUCCAGGGCCACCAGCACCGACUUGCGCCGGGUGUACGCCGUCGGGGCGUACAAGUACGCCAAGUUGCGUGAGUGGUGCUUCCGUGCCGGAGUGGACGUGCUAAGCGUCUUCAUGUUCAGCGUGCGCAACUUCAGCCGCACCACAUUCGACAUGACCUCCGCUCUGGACCAGGCGAAUCAGAUCCACGUCGAAAUUGUGGACAACGUGGAUGCGUACCGCGCGAUGGGAAUGCAGGCCUGCGCCUGCGGCGACCUCGAGCGGCUGCCCGAAGAGUUGCGCGCCAGCCUGGCCCGUGCUGAGAUCGCCACAUCGAACACACGCGAGAAGAGCCUAAAGCGGCAAAUGUCCUGCGCCGCGUACAACACCACGUACCAGAUGUCCCGGAUGGCCCUACAUCUGGCCAAGGCCGUCAAGGAAGGCGUCAUCCGGUCAGAAGACCUGACCGGCGCGUUCCUGGACGAGUACGUAGCGCUGACCGAGUGUCCCGAGGCGGACCUGCUGCUGCGGUCGGCGGGCGACCAGCGGUUCAGCGACUUCGAGGUGCUGCAGUGCAACUACGCCUACUUUCACUUGGACGCCAAGAAAUGGCCUGCUGUGGGAUUCCUCGACUGGGCACGAGCCAUGAUUCACUUCCAGCUGCACUGGCCGGCCAUACAGGCCAUCAAGGAGAGGCACAGUCGAAUGGCUUCCCACGGCAGCUGCCGAUCGGAUCCCGAGCAAGUGGUACGGCAGCGAACGUUCCUCCGGCACGCGCAGGCUGCUAACAUCCUCAACAUGGAACGACUAGCUGGUCUCCGGAAAGACGUGGUUUGCCAAUAAAACUGCACCGGCGUUACUGUAGUAACGCCAAUCACACGGCAAAAAAGCGCAAGCGCGGAACAAGUACCGACUUAUUACAAUGGAAACACACGGACCAUUUUCGACCAGAGUUACGGAUUAGGUUCCUUCAUUACAUACCCAAUUCCAUUCCGGAGA